AAUCCGCCUCAGCCCCACACAAAGGGCCUAGCAGUCGGCCCGCGCCCGCCCGCGCCCGCGCCCCCGCUUUGGAGCCGGGGCCUGGGCCGGGAUAUUGCCGCGGAGUUGAGGAGAGGGGCCGCAGGGACGACGCCCGCCGCGGCCGGAGCCUCGGGGGAGGGAGCCGGGAGGAAGGUCGCCCCCUUGGGCCGGAUCCGGGGAGGGGAGGAGGCAGUCUUGGCGAGGCCGCGCCCGGCCGCGGGAGCUGCGGCGGGGCGGCCACGAGGACCCCCCCCCGGGGGGGGCGGGGGUUGUAGGAGGACGCCCCCUGUGGCUGGAGCCGCUGCAGGAGUUUGGAGGGAGGACUUGUUCGGGCGCCUCUGCACUGGGUGGGGCGGGGUACGAGCGGGGCCCGAAGCAGCCGUUCGGAAGGGUUGUGCAGCCGUCAGUACGGGGAACGUGUGGAGAUGCCCUGGAGCCAGGGAGGGUCCAGUUCUGUAGUCUGACUCCGGGGAGUCUAAAAGUUGGUUUUAAUUGGUUGCCCACAGGAUUGACUUGGCCUCUGCUACUUGUUAAGAAAAUACAUCUGUUGUUUUUUCAGGUGUGUGUUAUUUCAGCGCAGCAUGGCUGUGGUCAUCCGUUUGCAAGGUCUCCCAAUUGUGGCGGGGACCAUGGACAUUCGCCACUUCUUCUCUGGAUUGACCAUCCCUGAUGGGGGCGUGCAUAUUGUAGGGGGUGAACUGGGUGAGGCUUUCAUCGUUUUUGCCACUGAUGAAGAUGCAAGGCUUGGUAUGAUGCGCACAGGUGGUACUAUUAAAGGGUCAAAAGUAACACUGUUGUUGAGUAGUAAAACUGAAAUGCAAAAUAUGAUUGAACUCAGUCGUAGGCGUUUUGAAACUGCCAACUUAGAUAUGCCACCAGCAAAUGCUAGCCGAUCAGGACCACCUCCUAGUUCAGGCAUGAGUGGCAGGGUAAAUUUACCUACCACAGUUGCCAAUUUUAAUAAUCCUUCUCCCAGUGUGGUUACUGCAGCCACAUCUGUGCAUGAAAGCAACAAAAACAUCCCUACAUUUUCCACAGCCAACAUAGCAACAGCCCCUCCAAAUAUGGGGGCUUCCUUUGGGAGCCCAACAUUUAGUUCAACUCUACCUAGCACAGCAUCCUCCAUGAGCACAGUCCCACCACCUCCAAUUCCUCCAAUACCAGCAAUGCCCUCCUUGCCACCAAUGCCAUCUAUUCCUCCAAUACCUGUUCCUCCUCCUGUACCUACAUUGCCUCCUGUGCCUCCCGUACCCCCAAUACCUCCUGUUCCUCCAGUGCCACCCAUGAGCCCUAUGCCACCUCUGUCAGGAAUGCCUCCUUUGAAUCCACCACCAGUGGCACCCAUACCUACUGGGAUGAAUGGAUCUGGAACAGCACUGAAUCUGAACAGUAACCUGAACCCAAUGUUUCUGGGUCCUUUGAAUCCUGUUAAUCCUAUUCAAAUGAACUCUCAAAGUAGUCUGAAGCCACUUCCCAUCAACCCUGAUGAUCUGUAUGUCAGUGUCCAUGGGAUGCCCUUUUCUGCAAUGGAAACUGAUGUCAAAGACUUUUUCCAUGGGCUUCGUGUAGAUGCAGUGCAUUUGUUGAAAGAUCAUGUAGGCCGAAAUAAUGGGAAUGGAUUAGUUAAGUUUUUCUCCCCUCAAGAUACAUUUGAAGCACUGAAAAGAAACAGAAUGCUGAUGAUUCAACGUUAUGUUGAAGUCAGCCCGGCCACAGAAAGACAGUGGGUAGCUGCUGGAGGUCAUAUCACUUUCAAGCAGAGCAUGGGACCUUCUGGACAGACACACCCCCCUCCUCAGACACUCGUCAGGUCAAAGUCGCCUAGUGGGCAAAAAAGGUCAAGAUCGAGAUCUCCACAUGAGCCUGGUUUUUGUGUAUAUUUGAAAGGUCUACCCUUUGAAGCAGAAAACAAACAUGUUAUUGAUUUCUUUAAAAAGCUAGAUAUUGUGGAAGAUAGUAUUUACAUUGCUUAUGGACCUAAUGGGAAAGCAACAGGUGAAGGUUUUGUAGAAUUCAGGAGCGAGUCUGAUUAUAAGGCAGCUUUGUGUCGUCAUAAGCAAUACAUGGGGAAUCGCUUUAUUCAGGUUCACCCAAUAACUAAAAAGGGAAUGUUAGAAAAGAUAGACAUGAUUCGUAAGAGGCUACAGAACUUCAGUUAUGAUCAGAGGGAAAUUAUUUUAAAUACAGAGGGAGAUAGCUCACCAAAGUUAUGUGCACAUAUAUCAAAUAUUCCAUUCAACAUUACCAAGAUGGAUAUUCUACAGUUCCUAGAGGAGAUUCCAGUGGAUGAAAAUGCUGUACAUAUUCUUGUUGAUAACACUGGGCAGGGGUUAGGACAGGCAUUGGUUCAGUUUAAAAGUGAAGAUGAUGCACAUAAGGCUGAACGCUUACACCGUAAGAAACUUAAUGGGAGAGAAGCUUUAUUGCAUAUAAUUACCCUAGAAGACAUGAGGGAGAUUGAAAAAAAUCCUCCAUCUCAAGUGAAAAAGGGGUUAAAAAUUCCAUUGCCAGGUAAUGCCACAGUGCCAGGAAUGCCAAAUGCUGGAGGUGAUGAGCAUGCUUUCCUGACCGUAGGCUCAAAAGAAGCAAACAAUGGCCCUCCAUUUAAUUUUCCCAGUAACUUUAGUGGGUCAAAUGCCUUUGGCCCACCACUUCCACCACCAGGAUUGGGUGGGGCCUUUGGAGAUGCCCGACCUGGAAUACCUUCUGUUGGAAAUAGUGGUUUGCCUGGGUUAGGUAUUGAUGUUCAAGGUUUUGGAAGUGGUCCCAAUAAUUUAAGUGGACCAUCAGCUUUUGGAGGAGCCCCUCAGAAUUUUGGAAAUGGACCUGGUACUUUGAGUGGCCCUCCAAGUUUUGGAGGUGGUCCUCCGGGUCUUGGUAGUACUGCUGGACAUUUGAGUGGGCCACCGAACUUUGGUCCUGGGCCUGGAGCGCUCCAUAUUGGGGGACCCCCUGGAUUUGGAACUGCUUCUGGAAAGCCAGGCCCAACAGUUAUUAAAGUUCAAAAUAUGCCCUUCACUGUCUCUGUUGAUGAAAUUUUAGAUUUCUUUUAUGGCUAUCAGGUGAUCCCAGGCUCAGUGUGUUUAAAAUACAAUGAAAAGGGCAUGCCCACAGGUGAAGCAAUGGUUGCAUUUGAGUCUCGUGAUGAAGCCAUGGCAGCUGUCGUUGAUCUAAAUGACAGACCUAUAGGCUCAAGAAAAGUCAAACUUGUGUUAGGGUAGCUGUUCAUAUAAACUGUUUGUAGGCUAGAUCUUCAUAGUGCUGUGAUUAAUGCAUCAAGAUUGUUUUCCUAGUAUUUCCAGGUUAGAACCUGUGGAUUGUUUAAAUUGCAAAUAGAUUGGUUUCAAUAAGACUGAGAGAGCACUGGUUGACUGUUUAUAGAAGAAUUGCUGCAAGGAUAAAUGUUGCUGUAUGUUCCAGUAGAGCUGUAUGGGGAGAACAGAGAAAUAAUUUUGGCUCACCUUUAGGGAAACCGUUUGUUAAAACUCAAAUGACCACAUAAUGCUUAUCAAGGAGUCUAGAUUGGUUUUUUACCAUUUGGGAUGAAGAAAAUAGAAAUGUACUAAGAUUAAGUCAGCAAAGCUCUUGAUGGGUGCUAUUGCAAGCCAUUGUAAAAUAGAAGUUGGCUAUUAGAUUUUUUUUGGUUCCAAGCUGGACAGAUUUGCUUUGUUAUAGGGUCAAAGCUUUGUCUAAAGUCCUAAUUUUCUUUUGCAACUGAAUAAAAUCUCUGUGUAUACAGAUUCAUUGUAUGUACUUUUAUUGCUUCUCAAAAGGUUCUUGAUGUAUGGACAGUUGUGUGUUUAGAAAGUUGCUGCUUUAAUUGCCUAAUUGACUCCUAUGUAACGAGCAGAAAGAACUGUUUUAUAAAAAUCCAAACCGAGUUUUAUGUUUAUAACCUUGAACACAGAUUCCCAUUGUCACAAUUAUACUUGUGUGGAAUAAGACUUUUGCCACAGAAAUGACGGUGUCCCAGUCCCCUAGAACAAUUUUGGCUUGACCAUCAAGUCUUAGUUUAGUCAGUUUAAAAUUGUCCAUUUUUUUUUGAUAUAGCAUGAACAACCAGAAAAAACUUUAUAAUCAAUGUUUAAGACUCUCGAUUUGUUUUGAACUUCUAGCUGAGAUGGACUAAUGGUGCUGAUAUGUUCCUUUUGACUCACUUAUGUGAAAUUUUGGCCCAUAAGAGAACUUAGGGACUAGUUGAGGGGUCCUUUUAAAAAGAAUAAGCAUUAUUAUAUAGCGAGUCAAAAUUAAGUCAGUCAAUUUAGAAGAAUUGCUUGAUAAGCUAGUCCAUAGAUUGACAAGCAGUAGUUAUUCCUUGAAUUCUAUUUUAGAAGCUUUUGUUUUUGCAGUUGUUUGAUCAGGAAUCUAACAAUUAGUGUGUCUUCACACAGACAAACUACGGCUGCCAGAGGGAGGUAGGAUCCCCUAAGGUUCCUUGCCCUCCGUUCCUUUCCUUUGGGAACUAGGGCACUCUGAGGCAAAAACAAACAAAAACCCAAAAACCAAAUGGAGUUCAGUUAACAGGAGUCCCAGCCACUGAAAUGCCUGGGAGCAUCUUGGUCACCACUUCCCAAAAGGCACCUUUAUGGCCUCUGCCUUCCGUCCUUCACAACUCAUCCAAGAACCCUGGCAGAGGCGCUAUAUUACUGUAGAGUAUAAUAGCCUUAAUGGAGAAUGGGAGGUUGGAGAGAUCAUGAGAAACAAAAUUUUUUUGUCACUUACAGGGCAUUUGUGUCUUGCUUUGAAAAGUCCCCAACAUUCCUUGCAAAUCAGUGUGCUUAAACAGCAGCCUUGAAAAGAAUUGUUUUCCACACAAAAUAGUGCCUUUUUUGUGUUGCAUGUCAGUGGUAGCACUGACAUAAAGUGUGGUAUGAUUUAGAGAUGCAAGUGGCAACAGUUUUAUUCAUGUGACCAUUAAGAGUUUUGAAAGCCUGUUCAACACUACAUCCGUAGCAGAUUUGACAGCACAGGGUUUUUGUUCGGGGAAGGGGUUGUACAGACUUGUAUUCCAAUCAAGAGGUGACUUCUUUGUGGACCUUCUGGUAAUUCACAAGUACAAAUUUGCUCUGACUGAUCAUUAGGUGUUGCCUCCUCAACUUAAAAAAGCAAUAUGAUGGUUGUAUAUACUGUUCAAUUUAAGCCCCUGUUAAGUGAUUGUAUUUCAUUCUGAAGAUGAAGUAUCAAACGUCAACAAACCAUUUCGGAGUCUUAUUUCAACAGCAAAUCCCCUUCUCCUCCUAUUGGAACGUUGACUAUUUUCAAUACCAGAAACAGGUUAUUUGCAUAGGAGAUGAAAAAUGAGUCUUUAUGCUUAUUUUUUCAAAUUUAUUUUGGUUCUGUGUUCUUAACAUUUAUUUGAUUAAAUGUUUUACAUCUUAUUGUAGCUACUUGGUUAUUUUGACUUGUUUUUACACUUCAGAUUAAAAAUACUAAAAAGGAAAACCUGGUUUCAUUAUUCAUGAAGUUAAAUAAAUAGUGGAAACUGGAGAAAUCUCUGAAGUUUGGUUGAAUCACAACAUUACUUUUCUUGUUGUGAAAUGUAAUUAAAUGCCUGCACUCUGGAAUUUGAUUUUUGUGUAUCUGAGAUUUUUUUAAAAAUUAAUGAUAGUGCUAACUGCUGAGCAUUUUGUUUAUCUUGUUUUGGGCAUUGGAGUUUCAGUAAAACGUCUCUAAAAUGUGUUCUGUGAAACUGUUCAUACACCUUUUCCUGCGGAUUUUCUAAUGAAGUAGGUUUGUGUUGGAAAUGGAUUUACAUUAUUUCCUUUGAUUUUUGUCAUAAGUUUUGUAUGGUAUGAAGGCUUUGUAAAGCUUUUCUCAAAGCUCUUGUGCAUUUGUAAACACCUAUCAUGAUAUUUUCCAAUUUCUGUGUAACUUUUAUUUUAGUGUUGUACUUAGUGAAUUGAAGAGAAUCUUAUUAGGUUUGACUUUUUUCUGCAUCUGGUUAAUUAGUUGGUGCGUUUAUUUCCUUUUGCUUUAAAGGGGUUAGUGACAUUUGUGUAAAAUGUAUUUCUGAAUACGUCAGUCUGUAAAUUUUACAGAACUCUUAGGAAAACAUUUUGCUCACAUGCAGAAUUUGGAUAUUUGUUUUGUAUACACACUGUAGUUGUACGUAACAAUCAUUAGUGACUUUUUUCUUUCUUUUUCAGUAUAACACAGUAUUAAAAUAUAGUCAGUAGCUUUUUUUACUGCCAGUUGUCAGGACAUCUACAAUAAAAAUUCCACUUGCAGAUUUUUUUCAUCAAGAUUCAGAGAAAAAUUCAAGGUAGUGGUGCCAUUCUUUACUUAGCCCAUUGCAUGGAAAUCUAGGUCUGCAUUUUGGAAAAAAAAAAAAGGACUUCACAUUUAUAUAUUGAGAAAUACCAGCCCAUUCUGUGGAGUUUUAUACUUCAGAUUAAACUAGGGAUGCAUCUAAUCCCUAGCUGGCUUCUUCCAUUCUUUAAUUGGACCCCAGCACUACUUGAUAUUAGAGGAGUGCUUGGUUAAGGAGUGAAGAAAACACCCUAAAAUUGACUCCAGUGGAGUAGGAUGUUAUCCUUAAAGGGGGUAGCUUUCCUGAAUAAAAUUGGUUAUGAGAUUCUUUU